AUGAAGAACUGCCAGAUUAUCUUGGGAUCAUCGUCCCAGAGCCGGCAGCAGGUGCUCCGGGAGAUAGGCGUGCCGUUUGAGAUCAUGAAGCCAGGGAUCGACGAGGAGGCCAUUAGGAGCGCAGACCCCAUCGAGCUCGUCUCCCUCCUCUCUCACGCUAAGGCAGACGCCCUCCUAGCCAAGCUCGAGGCCGAGGGGCGAACCUUCCCGGAAACUGCGGAUGUGCCGACGCUGCUAAUUACUGCUGACCAGGUGGUGGUGCAUGAGGAUCGGAUUCUCGAAAAGCCCCUGUCCGAAGCUGAGGCUCGGGAGUUCAUCCGAGGCUAUUCGCGCGCGCCUGCCCGCACUGUAGGGGCAGUUCUCGUAACGAAUCUGAACUCGGGCAGGCAGGCAGCAGCAGUGGACGUGGCAGAGGUUCACUUUCGGCCCAUUCCAGACGCUGUGGUUGACCAAUUGGUGGCAGAGGGCGACAUUUUUUACUGCGCUGGAGGGCUGAUGGUGGAGCAUCCCCUGGUGGCGCCGCUGGUAGAGAAGAUGGUGGGGGGAAUCGAUGCUGUAAUGGGGCUGUCGAAAGCAACAACCGUGGCACUCAUGCAGCAGGUCGCAUCAUGA